CCGAAAAUGCCCUCCCACCUGCCCACUCCCAUCCACUUGCUGCCCACUCUCACCCACACCCUCUCAUUCCCCUCCCUCGUCGCCUCUCCGCAUCGCCGCCGGCCACCGCAGCCCAUUGCGUUCUCACUCCGGCAGCCCACCGUGUUCUUCCUCCUGCAGCCCAGCGCUUGCUUCCUCUCCUUCCUUUCCCACCGCUUGCUUCCUCUCCUUCCUUUCCCAUCCCGAGGUCAAAAGAGUGAUUUUUUAUGCGCCGGUGAAGAGCUUCUGGGCGGCGGAGCUGGUGUGGGCGCCGACGCCGGAUCCGCGUGCGCGUACGCUAGAUCUGGGCGACGGAGCGGAGCAGCGGAGUGGCCCCCGGGAAGGAUGCCUUGGCCGGCUGCGGGGGCCCUGGGUGGGGCUGCGCGUCUAUGCGGCGACCUCAUCGAGACCAAGAAGCCGGCGUCGGUGAUGCUGCUGCACAUCGAUGACCUCCUCCCUCUCAUGUGUGCCCGCCGUCGUGCACCGUGACAGUCGAUGCAGGGAGAGGAGGACGACCCCAGCCAUGGAGCAGCAACAACUGAAGUUUAAGGUCAAAGUGAUGGUCAUGGGUGAAAUUAGGGACGAUGCCCAGCAGCAACAACUCACCAACACCUGCUCCAACGCCAUGGACCAACAGCAGCAACUGAAGGAUGUGGGUGAGGAAAGCGGACAUGCUCGAUGGACCGACAAGGUGGUGAAGGAUGAGCUUGUUCACUGUGCUCAUGUUACCAAAAUGGAGUAUGGGAAGAUGAGGAAGCUCACCGACUGCAUCUUCGUCGGCAUCAGUGCCCUCGUGCAUGUCGAUGUCAUCUUCACCAGGAUCAAUGCUCUUGUGCAUGUCGAUAUCAUCGAUAUCAUCUUCAUCGGGACCGACUCCUCCAGGUUGUUGUGUCGUGCUGGAGAUGCUGCCUGCUUCGAGCUGUUGCUGUUGCUGCCUACUUCAAGCCCUCCAGGAGGCGAUCUGGACCAAGUGGGGAGGCUAUCUGCAGCAGUACCUGGAGCUGCAUGGGAGGGCGCGGCGAUCUGGACCUGGGGCUGCCAAUCUGAAGCGGUACCCCCUCCGGCGAGCAGUACCUCGAUCUGAAGCAGUACUCUCUGGAGCUGGCGAGGCCUUGGGAGGGGGACAACGAUCUGCAGCAGCACCCCCUCCGACGAGGCGAGUUGGUGAGGCCCCCUCCAGCGGCAGGGGGCUGGAUUGGCGCAGGCGACAGGGGGGUGGCCCUGGGAGAGGGGCGACCCUGGCGACAGGAAGCAAGCAGCAGCGGCGACUGGGAUGGAGAGGAUCUGCUCGGCGAGGAAGACGACGGCAAUAGCGAUUCAAAUUAGGGGCACUUCUGUACUUUCCUCCCUUUUCACCUGGUCGGGACGUUUUUUAAAACGUCAUAUAUUUCGGAACGGAGGGAGUAAUAGUUUUGGAGCAUCGAUUUA